UGUCCUGUCAAGUUUGGAUCGCGUCGAUCGCAUCGACUCGCCAUUAUUAGUUUUGUAAUUUUCGCUUGUCGCCGGUCGACGACUCAUUGAGGCGGACUAUCGCGCUCUUAAUUAUUCUCAUUUUUAACAUCGGAGAGUGAUACACGUCGCGAAAAUGAGUAAACAUCAUUCACACGAGAUAAGCGAUCAUCCGGAAGUUCAAUGGGCCCUGGAACUGCUCAAGCCAGAUCCCAAUUACGAGCCUAGUGUAGCGACGAAAUAUGGGCCAGAUGUAGCAUGUAUGACAAUGGGCUUUUCAAUUCCGUGUUUGGCCAAUUAUCUUGGUCGCAGACCAUUCUACUCCAGAAUACAGAUGCAUGUCAUAGCAGUAACAAUAGGAUACUUUAUAGCGCAGUUUGGAAAGAAGCUUGUUAGUGAUUUUCACGCAGAACGUGAUACUAGAAUGAGAGAUUACAUCAUACGACAUCCUGAGCUCUUUCCUGAACCAGAACGCAUAAAAUAUAGCCAAGUACUUGAUGCAUGGACUCCAAUGCGUUAAUUAAUUACAGAAAACGAUUAGGAAACUGUAAUUGCACCAUCUCGAUUGUGUUUAUACAGUGAUACAGACAAACAGUGCAGUUCAAUGCAAUGAAUGUAGAUCUAUUGUGUAUAUACUUUCAAAUAUAUAUGUAUAUAAAAUA